AUGGUGGAUCAUCCAGGCUGGUAUCCUCCUGGUCAGGUCUGCUAUCCACCUGAGCUACCUUCAUAUCUCAAGAACGUACACAACUUGAAGCCAAUAGUAGGAGUUCCUUCUGGCGAUGAACUUGUAGGAAUCCACAGCGUGAUUCAAGCAGCGGUCCGAGCAUCCAGUAUUCCCGGGAUGCAUGAUGCGGGUCUGUUCACGCAACUCGGUGACCACUUGUUCAGCGCCCAGAUGGCUGUGUAUCGUAGCAAGUACACAUCGUUGCUGUUUCCUAGCGACGCAACGUACACGCCUCCAACACUGCCGGCUCACGUCUCGGCAAAACUCGAGCCUAUAUCCUGCGCACCAACCGACGAACAGGUUACCAAAGUUCACGAGGCCAUUCGUUCCUACCAGAAGUUCUCGGAAAUUCCAUCCAUGUUUGAACCUCGAGUACAUGCGGAUCUAUCUCAGCACUUGUUCGAUAUUCAGAUGGCCAGAUAUAUGAUUCAAGAAUCCAAGCGCAAGCCCAAUAUGACGCAAGCUCCAGGCCCAGCUCGGACAUUUGAACGCGCAAUCGACACAACGGAAGAACCUAUUCGCGACAUCUUGGAGCGCUCCAAUGCCAUUGCCGAGCGUGCAAACGAGCUUUCCGAAAGGUCAAACCAGCUUAUUGAACGAUCCAAUCAACUUGCUGAACAAUCGAAUCGUCCGGUCGAAAAACCGGAUCAGUCCAAAGAUGUCGUUGCGCUGCGGUUCAACGAACUGCUCACGAAGCUAGCUCGAUUCUUUGAUCGAUCUAACCAACUCGCUAAAGAAGCCAAAAAACCUAUGGAGGAACUUGGGGAUAUAUUCAGGACGAUCAAUAAGGUUCUAGUCAGAAUUCAGCACUCUAUUAUUCGCAACAACAGAGGCAACACGAAAGAUGCAAUUAAAUGUUUGAUCAACGAGAAUGGGGAUGUACCUACUGGGAUUGUAUGGAGUAAUUCGUUGUCCCAGACGGGCUUCGGAUUAUACAUGGAUGACGACAUGGGAGCAAAAGCGGCCAGGGUUAAUAUCGGUGGGCAUAACGUAGCCUUCAGUCUUUCCGAUUACGAUUUUGCGCGGCUACUUUAUUUCUAUGGCAUAGAAGGAAAUCUCUUCGAGGGCAACAAGCAACUUAACGAACAGGAAUGGGAAGAAGCACGAAGAACAUUGAAAGAAUACUGGACUUCGGCUCUGGGCCUGUGA